AGCUGGCACCAAGAACCAAGUUUAUCAUUUUAUAUUUUCAUUAUAGCUUCUGCUCGUAUCUUCGGGACAUGGCAGAAUAUGAUCGUAACAAAAUUUACUCAAAGAAAAAAUUUCAUCCAGCUAGAAUCAAGGAAUCUCCUAGUCAAAACAGGAGUUUCUCUGGCAAUAAGUCUGAAGGAAAAUCAAGUAGAGAAUCAACAAAGGAUUCUUCCACUUUUGAAAUCACUCCUAAGAAACAACCUACCAUCCUCCUGAAAGCCAGAGAACCUACAAGUGAUGAUAUUGGAACUACCUCAAAACGUAACACAAAAGAAGAACUCACAACUAAUAUUACUAUACAACCUCCACUGAGAGAUAAUGAAGUUACUUCUGUGCCAACUUUGAGAUGUAUGACCAAAUCAUUGAAACUCAUAGAUGAUGGCAUGAUUUGUACAGAUUCCUUACAAGAUUAUAUGAGUGAAAAUAAUGAGUUCCUCACAGUGGGUAUUAUUGGAUCACAUGGAGUUGGUAAAUCUACCAUAAUGAAUCUUCUCACCCAAAAUCAAAUAACUGAACAGAUGAAGAAUAGUAUUUUCAAAUUUGACAAAAAAUUUGAUGAUCAAGAUAAUGAUAUAAGAAUCCUAACAGAUCAUUUGGAAAAAGUUGAACUCAGAGAUGAAAGUAAAGUGAACAGAGAAAUUUUCAAAACACAGACUAUUGAUGAUAUAGAGAAAGCUAUGAGCAGAACUCAAGGCAUUGAUAUUUAUAUCACAUCCAAUAGAUUGAUAUUAUUGGAUUGUCAACCCUUUGCAUCAGUGUCUCUGUUGGAAGAUCUAAUAAAAUCAGAGAGCAAACGAACAAAUUUGGUUAGUGAAUUCAUUCCAUUGGAAAACAGUGGUGAAAUUCAAGGUUUGCAGUUGACCACUUUUCUAAUGUCAGUUUGUCAUGUGCUGUUGCUGGUAGAGGACUGGUUUCUUGACAGCAAUAUAGUGAGAUUUAUUCAAACUGCUGAAAUGUUGAAACCAACAAUUUCGAAUCCAGAAGAUGAACUAAUGGACCAUUUCCCACAUUUACUGAUAAUUCACAACAAAUCUCAAAUGGAAGAUUUUUCCCCUGCUAAAUUUAGAACUAUCCAACAAGCUUAUAAAAUGUUGUUUCACAAAACAAAACUGAACCUAAAAUCUGAUUUGGGAAUGGGCACUGGAGGACUGAUUAAUUAUUUGAAUGGUGAAAAUUGUGGCAGUCCCAUAAAUUUGUUUUUAAUACCAGAAAUCAUUCCUAAUUCUAACCAAAUCUAUUCUGGCCACCCUCCUCUGGAAGAAAUAAUAAAAAAAUUGAGGGCCAAUAUCUGGGGAUCAUCUCGCAAUCCUUUGACACACGUCCAACUGACUGAGAAAACUUGGCUUGUGUAUUGUGCCAAGGUCUGGGAUACUGUGAAGAAAAGCUCUUUCUUUGUUGAGUAUACGAAACUGAUGCCUUGAAAAAAAGAAAAGGGACACAAUUGAAUAAAACAUGCUCUCAAUUUUGAUUGUUGAUAUGGAAUGGAAUACUGAAAGAGAAGCUGAUGAAGAAAUCUCAUUUUGUUGGAAUAUAACGCAUUAUAUUAUUGUAUUCAAUUUCAAACAAAAUGAAGACAUGAGAGUAGAAAAUGAAAUAACGGAUCAAAGCAGGUCAAUAAAAAUUCUAUAGGUUUGUUAUCGUCAACAUUUUUUUUUUAUUUCAACAAGCAAUAUUUUGAAACAAACAUAGGAACUAAUAAACUAUGCAGUAAAUCAACAUAAAUAUAAAUUAUUAUGCGAAAUCAAUGAAACAGUUCAAAUUUGAUUUAUGUAUAUUUUCCAAACUAACUAGCAGAAUUCAUUAUUUAGCUACUUUGAAGCAAUACUAUUGAAUAAAAUUGAAUUGAUUCAUGAUAGAAAAUAAGCUGUCAAGCAGCCUGUUUACCCAGUUCACAUUUGGUUUUUGGUUGUGCUUAGCUAUCAAAUCCAUAAAUACAAACAAAGUGUUUUGAGUUAUUUUCUAUCACGAAUGAGUGCUGAAAUGCUUAUUCAAAUAUUUAAUAUGGAAAAUAUACUGAAAUAUUGCACAUUCCUUACAUAAAACAACACUACAAUGUUCUUACAGUAUUUUAUUGUCUGAAAUAAAAUCUAUAGAC